AUGAUUCGCCCAAUUCUAACGUCACAAUUUUCACAUAUGAUAUCAAAGCAUAUAACAGCAUUACAUCCCCCAAAAUUAAAAUCUUUACCUCAUAAAUCGUCAGCAAUAUCAUUUCUUUCACGUAAAUUAAAUUCAACAACGUCAAACCCCCCGAGUUCUCUAGGCGGACUUUUAGAUGAGAUUCCUUUAAAUGCCGAAUAUUUUAAUUAUCCUAGAUUAACAGCACGACAGUCGGCUUUGAGAAUUACGCCGCCGAGGGAAUCUCAAAUGCUUGUACGAGAUUUUAUUGAUGAUUCUUUAUAUAAUCCUAAUUAUGGUUAUUUUUCAAAGCAAGCCAUGAUAUUUUCACCACAAAACGAUUUUGAUUUUAAUGGUAUUAAAGAUAAUUUGGAAUUUAUGAAUUUAGUGGGAAGUAAAUAUCAGGAAUUUGAGAAUGGUUUCGAAUUAAAAGAUAAAAAAGCUGCGAAACAAAUCUGGCAUACUUCAACCGAAUUGUUUAAGCCAUGGUACGGAUAUGCAUUUGCCAAAUAUAUUGUCACCGAAUAUAAAUUAAAUGGAAACCCGCAGCAUGAUUUAAUCAUUUAUGAACUUGGAGCUGGAAAUGGAACUUUGAUGUUAAACAUUUUGGAUUAUAUUCAGAAAUUUGAACCUGCAAUUUAUAAAAAGACGAAAUAUCGUAUUGUGGAAAUUAGUAUAAAAUUAGCUGAAAGGCAAAGACAAAUUCAGGAUUUUCGAAAAGUUACCAAUGUUCAUAAUUGUAUAGAGAUUAUUAAUAAGAACAUUUUUGAUUGGGAUGAACCUGUAAAUGAACCUUGCUUCUUCUUGGCUUGUGAAGUUCUGGAUAAUUUUGCACAUGAUGUGAUCCGUUAUGAAUUUAUGACCGAAAAACCAAUGCAAGGAGUUGUUGUAACGAAUGAAAAAGGGGAAUAUGAGGAAAUUUAUGAGCCCGUCAAUGAUCCUCUUAUUACGCGUUAUUUAACUUUACGUAACAAGACAACAUACAAAACACCGGCACUUCAAAGACGUUUCUAUCGCAAAAUGCGAAAUAAACUUCCUUUAGCGCCUAACCUUACACAAUCAGAGUUUAUACCAACAAAAAUGUUACUCUUUCUUGAUGUGUUGAAAGAUUAUUUUCCACAACAUCGUUUAGUUAUUUCUGACUUUUAUAAAUUACCGGACUCUAUUCAAGGUGUUGAUGCUCCAGUAGUACAAACAAGAUAUCAAAAUGCAAUGGUUCCUUGUUCAACUUAUAUGGUACAUCCUGGAUGGUUUGACAUUUUCUUUCCAACAAAUUUCGAGUUAUUGAAAGACAUUUAUCAAUUAGUUUGUCGUUCUAGUCGAGCAGAAUCUGAAAAGGUUAAAGUACUGCAGCAGAAAGAAUUUUUGAAAAGAUAUGCUGAAUUAGCUAGAACUCAAACUAAAAGUGGAGAAAAUCCAAUUUUAAUGUAUUAUGAAAAUGUGAAAUUUUUAUUAAGUUGA